GAGCGCGGGCGGGGAGGUGCGCGGCCGCCCGGGAUGCUCCCCGGCACCUCCUGACCGGCGGGCAGCGCGCACUCGGCGGCACCCGCACGCCCCGGGCCCUCGCCGGCUGCCGGGCUCCCUGGCUCGCGCGGGCCCGCUCUGCGUCGACCGCGCCGCGGUGCGGGCGCGGGGAGGGGGCCGCGGCCAGGGAUGAGCUGAUUGCGGGUAAAUACGCCGCCGACGGGCCCGAGAGGCCGUGAGGAGCAGCCUUUCUGCGGGUCGCCGCCCUGCCCUUGGAUCGGAGAUCAUGUCCAUUCACAUCGUGGCGCUGGGGAACGAGGGGGACUCGUUUCACCAGGACAGUCGGCCGUCGGGGCUCAUCCGCACUUACCUGGGGAGGAGCCCGCUGGUCUCCGGGGACGAAAGCAGCUUGUUGCUGAACGCGACCAGCACGGUCGCGCGCCCCGUGUUCACCGAGUAUCAGGCCAGCGCGUUUGGAAACGUCAAGCUGGUGGUCCACGACUGUCCCGUCUGGGACAUUUUUGACAGUGAUUGGUACACCUCUCGAAAUUUAAUCGGUGGUGCUGACAUCAUUGUAAUCAAAUACAACGUAAAUGACAAGUUUUCAUUCCACGAAGUGAAGGAUAAUUAUAUUCCGGUGAUAAAAAGAGCAUUAAACUCAGUUCCAGUAAUCAUUGCUGCUGUUGGUACCAGACAAAAUGAAGAAUUACCUUGCACGUGCCCACUAUGUACCUCCGACAGAGGGAGCUGUGUCAGUACGACCGAGGGAAUCCAGCUUGCUAAGGAACUAGGAGCUACCUAUCUGGAACUACACAGCCUUGAUGACUUCUACAUAGGAAAAUAUUUUGGAGGAGUGUUGGAGUAUUUUAUGAUUCAAGCCUUAAAUCAGAAGACAAGUGAAAAAAUGAAGAAAAGAAAAAUGAGCAGCUCAUUUCAUGGAAUUCGACCACCUCAGCUUGAACAACCAGAAAAAAUGCCCGUCUUGAAGGCUGAAGCAUCACAUUAUAACUCCGACUUAAAUAAUUUGCUGUUUUGCUGCCAGUGUGUGGACGUGGUAUUUUACAACCCAGAUUUAAAGGAGGUUGUAGAGGCCCACAAGAUCGUUCUGUGCGCCGUCAGCCAUGUUUUUAUGCUACUUUUCAACGUGAAGAGCCCGGCUGACAUUCAGGAUUCCAGUAUCAUCCGAACUACCCAGGAUCUCUUUGCUAUAAACAGAGAUACUGUGUUUCCAGGUGCUAGCCAGGAUUCUCCAGGCAACCCACCAUUACGAGUCGUCGUUAAAGAUGCCCUCUUCUGUUCAUGUUUAUCGGACAUUCUGCGCUUCAUUUAUUCAGGUGCUUUCCAGUGGGAAGAAUUGGAAGAAGAUAUCAGGAAGAAGUUGAAAGAUUCUGGGGAUGUUUCAAAUGUAAUUGAGAAAGUUAAAUGCAUUUUAAAAACACCAGGAAAGAUUAAUUGCCUACGGAAUUGCAAAACCUAUCAAGCCAGAAAACCUCUGUGGUUUUAUAAUACUUCCCUCAAGUUUUUCCUUAAUAAACCAAUGCUUGCUGAUGUUGUCUUCGAAAUACAAGGUUCAACGGUGCCAGCCCACAGGGCCAUCCUGGUGGCCCGUUGUGAAGUGAUGGCAGCCAUGUUUAAUGGGAAUUACAUGGAAGCAAAGAGUGUUCUGAUUCCAGUUUAUGGUGUUUCCAAAGAGACUUUCUUGUCAUUCUUGGAAUACUUAUACACAGACUCUUGUUGCCCAGCUGGCAUUUUCCAGGCCAUGUGCCUCCUGAUCUGUGCUGAGAUGUACCAGGUGUCCAGACUGCAGCACAUCUGUGAGCUCUUCAUCAUCACGCAGCUGCAGAGCAUGCCAAGCAGGGAGCUGGCGUCCAUGAACCUUGAUAUCGUUGACCUGCUCAAAAAAGCCAAGUUUCACCACUCUGAUUGCCUUUCAACUUGGCUACUUCAUUUCAUUGCCACUAACUACCUCAUCUUCAGUCAAAAGCCUGAAUUUCAGGAUCUUUCAGUGGAAGAACGCAGCUUUGUUGAAAAGCACAGAUGGCCAUCGAAUAUGUAUUUGAAGCAGCUUGCGGAAUACAGGAAGUAUAUUCACUCCCGGAAAUGUCGUUGCUUAAUAAUGUAACCUGUGCUUUUAUAUACAUAUACUUUUUAAAUUAUUAUUAUGAAGAAUGGGAUACCUCUGGAUUCCAGUAAAAUUCUUGUGACUGCAAUAUGGGUGUUUAAAAAAAAAAUCACCAUACAGCUUAAUGUGUUUAUUAGCUCUCUUUGAAAAAACUGCUAUUGUGAUCUUAAAAGGGAGCAAAAUAUACCAUAGAAUAAAUCUAAAGCGUCACUCUAGUGUAUAAAGCUGUUGUACAGCUACUUUUAAGAUGCCCUUUUGCUUUAGUGAUAUUAAUAACCUUAGUUAAGAAAUGUUUAAAUUUUUUUAAAAAUCAUAUAGGAUUAAUACAGAAAUUUUAUCAUGUCUGAUGAAUUGCUCUGUUAAAAUAAGGGGUAUUAAAAGGCCCAGUAUAACUAUUUCUAUAGUGAAAAAUCUAGGGGAAGACGGCUCAAUCUGAAACUUGAGGAGUGUAAAUUUGCCUGGGAUUUUGAAUGUGAAAUGCCACUUGGUUCCAAAUCAGUGACAGUGUUUGAAUAGUCAUGAAAAAGAAUUCUGUUUUUUUUAUCUGAGCAACCGAAUUGAGCCACCUUGUCUCUUCCCUGGGAUUCUGAUUAGGUGGGAAACCUAAACAGGGAUGAUGUUCUGGCGAGGUAACCUGUGUAGUUGUACCCACGCUUUGAAAGGCCCCUGCUUAGUUCAAUGCUCUGCUAUCGCCGUCUUGAAAUUCAUAAUAAUGUUUGAAGAAGGGCCCUGCGUUUCCACUGUGUACCGGGUCCCCAGAAUUAUGUCUGUCUCCUAGCAGGAUAUGUACUAUGUUUUCUUGUUCAAACAUCAUUCUUCCUGAAAGCAGAAAAGAGGCACUGACAUCAAGGGAAGAGGAGGAGGCUUUCUGGAGAGAAAAGAGAAUAUGGGGAUUCUGGGAUCUUUGGAGAAGUCUCUACCACCCAGGGCCUCUGCGGCCACCUCCACUGGCAAGUGAGAAAUACCUUGUGUUGUCUUAGCUUUAAAGCAGCUCUGACUCUAUCACAGGUGAACAACUACUUUAUUGAUCAUUCUGUAAGACCAGGAUUUUGGUAAAAAGUGACUGGCGUGAUUUAAUACGAAUUUAUAAAGACGCUCAUAGGAAACAAUGCUUUCUAGAGAAUUCCUUAUUGAAAGCUCAAGACGUUUUUGUUUUAGUGUAUUUACUAAGAUUAGGAUGUCAGUGGCUUGAAUUGUUUGAAUUCUUUCUGAGGACCGCAAGGUGAUUUGAUGAGGAGUAGCAUGAAUCUUGCCCUUCAAGAUUAUGUAGUAA